AUGAGCUACCGAACUGCUUUACUGAUCAACAGCAGUAGAAGAGUACUGGCUUGCGCCGAAUCGCGCAGUAUCCACUCGGCAAUACCGCAAAAAAGCAUCAUCAAAGCUGCUACGAAAGUAGCUUCUGCUGUGGCUAAUGCAGCUGUUGAAACCCUCAGUGUAGCUGGAAAAGGUGUACAAAAGACGAUGAAUACUGGAUUUGAACAGACAUUGGAAGUAGCAAAAGCGGCUUCGGAAGCUCUCCGGGAUACCACAAGCAGUAGCAAUAACGAAGAAGGAUCCAAAGAUAAUUAUGAUAAUUACAGUGGUCCUGACGGUAAGGUAAGUACAUAUUCACUAUUUUGGUAACG